AUGGACAUUGACGAAAAUGAACAAAUUUUGCCUCCAGAGCUUCCGAUUCUUGAGCCAAAGAAAAGUGCUGUCCUCUUGGCCCAGUUAGGAAGUGACAAUUUUUAUGAGGAAAUUGUGCGGUCGCAGCAAGUGGAUCCUCACAUCACCAAGCUGGUUACAAGAUGGCAGUUUAUCGCAGAUAAAGCCCAUCCGACUGGGAUAGAAGAAUCUUUCCACCAGCGUUACAAACUGUCCAAUUCUGACGAAUCACAGCAACGAGUCUUAUAUGAGUACCACGAUGCUCGCCUUGCUGGUCAUCCUGGAGCAGAAGAAACUUUACGGACCAUACAAGCGCUUUUCUACUGGGAGAGAAUGCGCAAGCAGGUACAGGAGUACGUAAAGGGUUGCCAUCUCUGCAGUUCUUGUAAGCCGCUAGAACCACUCAACUACACCCACAAAGACCCCACCAACCACGGGCCCUGUGGGACACCGUAG